GCGCCGGGAGCGCGUCCCCGCUCCGCGCGUCCCCGCUGCGCCGGCCCGGCCGCCCCGAGCCGCAGACAUGGACGAGGAGCGGGAGACUCUGCAAAGGAUUGUCAGUACUCUAGUGAACAAAAAUGAUGAAAUUCACAACUUCAUUGACAUGCUGAACCAUACAAUAUCAAAUGUUCAGGUAAACUCCUCUAAUGCCAUCAGUGAGCUGGAUGAGGAGUUUGAUGGUCUGUACUCUGUGCUACAUGAGAUGAAGGGGAGCAUGGCCAACACUAUUCAGCAAGAAGAAGCUCGUAAAAUUCAAGCUCUGCAGGAUCAGCUGAGCCAGUGCAGCCGUGCCCUGGAGAGCUCAGAAGAGCUGCUGGAACUUGCUGUGCAGUCGCUGGACAUAAAGAACCCUGUGGAGCUCUUAGAGGCUUCCAGACAGAUCAAAGAUAGUGUCACAGUGGCUUCAGCAUUCCGCCUCUCUCUGAAACCAAAAGUCAGUGACAGUAUGACUCAUAUGAUGGUGGACUUUGCCCUGGAGAAGAGGAUGCUCCAAGCUGUGAAGUUUUUGCCAGUCCCUAAAGCUCCAGAGAUAGAUGUAGCAGCGUGUCUGGUUGCUGACAACUGCAUAACAAUAUCGUGGAGGAUGCCUGAGGAGGACAGCAGAAUUGAUCAUUUUGUGCUGGAGUAUAGGAAAACCAACUUUGAUGGGCUCCCUCGACUAAAAGGGGAACAGCGUUGGGAGCUGGUUGACUACAUUAAAGCUACUCAGUACACAUUAUCAGGUCUGAGAUUUGAUACAAAAUACAUGAACCUUAGAGUACAAGCUUGCAACAAAGCUGUGGCAGGCGAAUACUCUGACCCCGUGACUCUGGAAACCAAAGCAUUUGUGUUCAGUUUGGACAGUACUUCAUCUCAUCUGAACUUGAAAGUUGAAGACACCUAUGUUGAAUGGGAUCCUACUGGAGGCAAAGGCCAAGAAAAAGUAAAAGGGAAGGAAAAUAAAAACAGUGGCCAGAAUCCUCUGCUGAAGAGCAAUAGAAGAAGCAACACAGCGUCUCCCAAGAGAUCCACUAACAGCCCAAGGGCCUUGUCGAGGGGCAGCCGGGAUCGCUUUGCUGGUGAAUCCUACACCGUGCUGGGAGACACUGCUGUUGAAAGUGGACAGCAUUACUGGGAAGUGAGAGCCCAGAAGGACUGCAAAUCCUACAGCGUGGGAGUAACGUACAGAAACCCGGGGAAGUUUGACCAGCUGGGAAAGACUAAUUCCAGCUGGUGCAUCCAUAUCAACAACUGGCUGCAAACCACCUUCUCAGCCAAGCAUAACAAUAAAGCAAAGACUCUUGAUAUACCUGUCCCAGACAGAAUAGGAGUAUACUGUGACUUUGAUGGAGGUCAGCUUUCAUUUUAUAAUGCAAGCUCAAAGGCAUUGUUACACACCUUCAGAACAAAGUUUACCCAACCAUUGCUACCAGGCUUCAUGAUCUGGUGUGGUGGCCUCACAGUGAUGACUGGAUUGCAGGUGCCAAGUGCUGUGAAAACUCUUCAGAAGACUGAAAAUGGAUUGGGUGGUUCAACAAGCAGCCUAAAUAAUGUUGCCUAGUAAUGUCUGUUUAAAACUUCUGCUGCUGAAUGUUUUUGUUUCUCUGUGUAGCUACUACUCACGGAAGCUUGUGAGCAUUGGAUUUUACUGGGUUUGCUACCUUCUGCUGUUUAGGGCCCAGGUACUGAUAGUGCAAAGGUUUUGGGGCUAAAGUGUUAGGAACCAGUGCAGGGAAUCCAGAAAAAUGUCAGAAAGCUGAACUGUUGCCUAUUUAAAAAAAAAAAAGCAAAGAAGCCAAGAGCUGUUAGUAUGGACUUUUCUAAUACUGUAUUCAAGCAUUUUGUUACAGACUUGAAUAUUAAUUUUGUUAUAAAUACUAUUCUUCUAUGAAGAAUAUAGCAAAUGCAAUUUUUUAGCUCUCCUAAUGGAAAUUACUUAACUGUGUAUUUAAUAGUUAAAUAAUUAAAUAAUAAUUAAUGCUAGGCUUGCCGUUAAAAUUUGUGAUUUCUGAGAUGCAUUUUGAAAACAGACUGAUUUGCUGGCCUGUCCUGGCAAAAUACCACAGCAGCAUGGUUUCAGAAGGAUAUUAUAAGAAUGUCUAGGCCUGAUAUGAAGAAACAGUAAGAGCAGGCUGUGAUUAUCUCCCCUAGUGGAAUAAAAUCCUCCUAUUUUCCAUGAGUAACUCCUUUUUAAAACCAUGUGUAUUGAUAUUGGCUCCUGUUCGUCACUAAUUGCAUUCUAAUUACAUUAGAAAAUUAUGUAUAGAUGUUCCAUUGCCUUGACCCCUGUUUGCAAGCCUAGUAAAACAGUAGUCAAAUGAUUCAUAGUAAUGGGAGAGCUAAAAAAAGAAGAAAAAAUCAUGUUAUAUUCUUCGUGGAAAAUCCCAGCUUGUCAGUGGGAAUUACUAGGUUAUUACAGGCUUUUUUAAUCUGCUUUCUUCCCUCUAAUCAAGCCGAGGAGCCUAUAAAUAGUUUUCAGGUACACUCGUGAAUCAGGUGUUUCCUAACUGAAGAUUGUUUUCUGGUAUCACCUGAAAACUGCUAUAAAUUCAUGGUCCAUAAUGAUUUGGCUCAUUUGCUGCUGGGCCAAUAUAUUUUCCUUCUGUAUAUCCUUUAACCCAUAGAACCAUAAACAUCUAAUCGUAUUAAACCUCAGUAUUACUAAUGGCUCCUUUCUGUCCAUCACAAUUUCUCAAGAGAAGGAGAAAUUCCCUGAGACACCUUCUAAUAAACUGGCUAUGAUGUUCAGUGAAAAAGUUGAAAAGUAACAAGGAAAUGCAAUUACCUGUUCUGGAAAGUGUUAUUUUUCUUGAGGAAUCAUGAAGUUGACAGGUUGGCUGAGCCCUAAAUGUUUAUUUUGUAUCGGGAACUUGAGCAUUUCUUAAUUAUUUGCAUUGUGAACUUGUAAUCUCUUUUUGCAGAGGAAAGUACAAACUAGUUCUCCCAGUUUAACUGUACCUUCUUCUGCGUGUUCUGUUGCUUGGGCUUUGGGACAAAGAUACUCAGAAGUGACGUGGUUCUUGGUCAA